AUGAGAGUCCAAACAACAGCAGCAGCGCUCCUGAGCGCCGUCUCUGCCGUCUCUGCCGCACCAACACUGGCAGAUGUGUCAGCUGCAGACGCCAAAAAAGAGGCUCGCGAUGUGGACACUCUGUAUCCAUACACAGGACCCGAGGUGCCGGUGGGAGACUGGGUCGAUCCGUCCGUCAACGGCGUCGAGGGCAGCGGGUUCCCACGUCUCGUCGAGCCGCCAGCAGUCACACCUGCAAGCGAGAAGCCAACCAACAACAUCAAUGUCAUCUCGCUGUCCUAUAUCCCAAAUGGCAUGAACAUUCACUUCCAGACGCCCUUUGGCUUGGACGAGGACCCGACGGUCUACUGGGGCGAGUUCGGCAACAAGAACCUUACCUGUAUGGCCAAGGGGACAUCCUCAACCUACGACCGCACGCCUCCUUGCUCUCUCGUCUCGGUCACGCAGUGCAGCCAGUAUUUCCACGAUGUCCAGAUCGAGGACUUGAAGCCGGGAACGACCUACUAUUACCAAAUCGCUGCCUCCAACGGCACUACAGCCUCUGAAGUAUUGACCUUUAAGACGGCCGCCGCUGCUGGCACCAACACGCCUUUUACGGUUGCCAUUGUCAAUGAUAUGGGCUAUACCAACGCGGAAGGCACGUACGCCCAGCUGCUCAAGAACUCGCUCAACGGCUCCAUCAACUUUGUCUGGCACGGCGGUGACAUCUCGUAUGCGGACGACUGGUACGACGGCAUUCUCCCAUGCGAGGAUGACUGGGAUGUGUGCUACAAUGGAACGGCUUCUCGGCUCCCUCCUGGUGACUAUCCGGAGAGCUACAAUACGCCUUUGCCGGAGGGCGAGAUUCCUAACCAAGGAGGCCCCCUGGGUGGUGACAUCUCGGUUGUCUACGAGUCGAAUUUUGAUAUAUGGCAGAAUUGGAUGCAAAAUAUCACUUCGAAGGUGCCGUACAUGGUCCUGCCAGGGAACCAUGAGGCGUCGUGCGCGGAAUUUGAUUCUGACACUAAUACCUUGAGUGCAUACCUGGAUUACGAUGAGGCCAACUCCACGUUGCCUACUACCAAUUUGACGUACUACAGUUGCCCUCCGUCGCAGCGAAACUUCACCGCCUUCCAGUACCGCUUCCGAGCUCCGGGCCCCGAGUCCGGUGGUGUAGGUAAUUUCUGGUACUCGUUCGACUACGGUUUAGCCCACUUCAUCGCCCUCGACGCAGAGACGGACUACGCCAACUCGCCCGAGUGGCCUUUCCUCCGCGACAUCGAGGAGGGCGCCAACCCAAACGAGACGCACCCGACGCUGGCCGAGACCUACGUGACGGACUCUGGUCCCUUUGGUCAAAUUGAAGAUGAUGCCAUUAACGAUAACACGGCCUAUGAGCAGUAUAAGUGGCUGGUGAGCGAUCUUGAGGCUGUCAACAGGACCAAGACGCCCUGGGUCAUCGUCAUGAGCCACAGGCCCAUGUACAGCACGGAAACGGCCAGCUACCAGGCGUAUAUUCGUGCCGCAUGGGAAGAGGUGUUUCUCAAGUACGGGGUGGAUUUGUACCUUGGUGGGCACAUCCACUGGUAUGAGCGCCUGUUCCCGCUGACUGUCAACGGCACCAUUGACACCAUGAGCGUUGUCAACAACAACACGUUUCUCACCAAUGCUGGCACGAGCAUCACGCACAUCAUCAACGGUGCUGCGGGCAAUAUAGAGAGCCACAGCACGCUUGAUGAGGGGCAGUCGUGGGCUGCGUAUACGGCGGAGCUGGAUGACGAGCAUUAUGGGUUUGGCAAGCUGACUAUUGAGAGCGAGAAGGAGUUGACGUGGACAUUUAUUCGUGGGGAUGAUGGGAGUGUGGGGGAUAGCCUGACCUUGAAAAAGAGGGAUUAA